ACGUUACUAUGAUAGCGUAUUAGCCCGCAGUGCUCGGCCGUGCUUUGCUGACAGUCACUAACACCUGGGUGCGCGACGCACUCUCGCGAUAUUCGGCUGGUGCGUGGCGUGUCUGUCAGUCGGUGAACACCACAGCGCACUCAUCACCAGAUGGCUGGCGGGCAAGACCCUAAGUGGCAGAAAGAUGCCGCCGACCAGAACUUCGACUACAUGUUCAAGCUGCUCAUCAUCGGCAACAGUAGCGUGGGCAAGACGUCCUUCCUGUUUCGGUAUGCCGAUGACUCGUUCACAUCGGCCUUCGUCUCGACGGUCGGCAUCGACUUCAAAGUGAAGACGGUGUUCCGCCACGACAAGCGUGUCAAGCUGCAGAUAUGGGACACGGCAGGACAAGAGAGAUAUAGGACGAUCACUACAGCAUACUAUCGAGGUGCCAUGGGCUUCAUACUGAUGUAUGACAUCACCAAUGAAGAAUCUUUCAACAGUGUUCAGGAUUGGGUGACUCAAAUAAAAACAUAUUCUUGGGACAACGCACAGGUAAUCCUAGUUGGAAAUAAGUGUGACAUGGAAGAUGAAAGAGUAAUCAGUUUUGAAAGAGGAAAGCAACUUGCAGAACAACUGGGAAUUGAAUUUUUUGAAACAUCAGCUAAGGAGAACAUUAAUGUGAAAGCUGUUUUUGAACGGUUAGUAGACAUAAUCUGUGACAAGAUGUCAGAGAGCCUGGACUCGGAUCCAAAUCUCAUGAAUGCUGGCUCUAAAGGAACACGUCUGACAGAACAACCUGCUGGCCCACAAAAUGGAAGCUGCAAUUGCUAACUGCUUCUGGAACUGUAAAUUAAUCAAAAUAAGCAGCCACAAUGUAAUGGGAAAUAAAUUUAAUAUGGAAUUAAAUAUACCUGAAUAAGGAUGUUAACAUUUAAAACAGAAUUGUACAGUAAAUAUGUUAUGUGAUUAAAAAUAUUUCUUAAUAGUGAUAAGUGCCAGUGUGUAUUUAUCCAGGUGUCUAAAUAAUGAGAACUAACCAAACUUAGGAAUUACACGAAUACAAUAACAGAAAGGUAAUUAAGGUGACUGCAUUCUAUGAUACUUAAAUAAACAAUAGUGUAAGAAAAUGUUUGUGUGUAAGAAUAUAUACAUUCUGAAUCAUUGAAAUCGAAAUAUGUGUUUUCUGUUUUUAUUGCUUUGUAAUUGUAGUUACUGUCCAUUAUCUCUGGCUUCUAGGUUUCUUGUUGUUCUGUAUUUUCUAAUGUCAAACAUGUUACCUCAGCCAGUUGUAAGUAUGAUAGCUAACUCUGUUUAAAAUGAGGAAUAAACUAUGAAUAAUAUUCAUGGAGAGAUGUCAAUUUCUUGGGAAACAUUUUGUGGGUAUAAAAUAUAAUUUUUAUAAUUAAUGAUCAUUGUUCAAGAAUGUUUAUGACAGAAAUAAGAUAAAAGCUUCAUAGAUCAAAUACACACUUCUUGAAGAACUGAAAUUCUUUUCACUGAAAGUCCUUCUGUAUUUCUACCUGUCUGUAUCUAGUGAUCAAUGCAAAUGUGUAGAGAAACAAAUUAAAUGUUCGUAUUAUGGCCUUAAGUAGAACUGUCAAACAGUUAGUAGCUUCACCUCCCAGUAUAAUAACAAUGUAUUCAAGGUAUUAUUACUGGAUAUUUCAGCAAAGAGCUUUAUUUGUUUCCAUGCAAUUGUUUGAAGUAGUAUGUGGCAUGUAAAGCAUUUUGUGUGCUCACUGUGUGUGUAUUUUCCUGAUCUAUGUGGCUUGGACUGUUGUGUUAUAUUAAGUUUUCAGUUGUCACAAAUGUGGUAUAUUUAGAGCUUCAAUAUGUUUAGCAUUUUUGAUAAUAUUUUCCACUUACAUAAAUAUAUGAAAAACAUUCAAAGUACUAUUACUUUUUAUAUCACAACAUUUGUGUUCAUCAGAUUUUUUAAAGUAACAAUGUUCUUUGGCUGUAUACGUUUGUUUCAGAACCUUUCAUUUUUUAUUUUAUCUCUGGUUUGUUGACGCAUGUCUGUAAAAGAUAUUAUUUUUUAUAAUUGGUUCUCAAGACCAUCAAUUGAGUACUAUUAUUAAUGCAUAUAGCUAUUAACACCUGAUGUCAUUGUGUGGCACAUCAUUGACUAUAAAACUGAUUGUAUGUUUAAUACAUGAGGGGUAGCAAAUCUAUAUUUUUAGACUUUAUUCAUGUAUGUCCUGAAAUGUAGGCCUACAGACAAAAGACUUUCUUUGUGUUCAGUGUCAAGGAAAAAAGUGUUAUUAGUUCUUUUGGACUAUAACAUGGGUAACAAGCCACUACAAAGAACUGCAGCCAUUAAAAAACCAAGUACACAAUUUUUAUGUUAUUUUCAUUGCUGAAUUGUGAAAUAAAGUAUAACCUUCCACAAAUGCAACCAGUGUACAGUUAGAAAUUCAUUAUUAAAUAUUGGUAUAAAUGACAUUUUCUGAAAUUUAUUUCAUUAUAUAUAGCUGUUAGCCAGUCUGAAUUUGUGAAGAUGAAUGCACACACAUAAAACCUAUUAUGUUGCAUUAUAUAGGUAAUUUCCCAAUGUAUAAUGUUUCUGCAUCUGAUUCAAAAAUCAACAACAGCGUUAACAGACCAUUUCACAGUUCAUGUAUAAUUCUAUAUUGAAAAUCAUAUUAUCAUAUACAGGUCACUUUUCUGAGAAAAUUCGUUAUAUCUUGUACAUCAAAAUUAAUCAGAGUUUUUAUUCUGCAGUCAGCAAAAUGUAUGUAACAGUUACUUCAGUAUUCAUUGUCUGCAGGAAAUAUAGCUCUGCCCUUUGUUAAAUGCAAAAUCAUGAUAUUAGUUUGCUGAACUGGAAGCAAGAGUGUAAAUAUGCAUAGUUUUGUUUGUACUGUUUAAAAUAUAUUUAUUAGUUGUAUUGAGUGAGUUAUUGUUCCAGUGUGAUCUUAUUGUUCCUUACAACAAUCAUUUACUGUUUGAGUGACAUAGAGUAGGUACCCCAAAAUAUGUGCCUUAGCUUACUGCAUGAGUUCACUACUUCAAAGGCUGCUCCAACUCUAAUUGCUGUCUUCCUGUAGAGACUGGUGGGACAUAUAAAAAGAAAUUGAUGAUGCUGACUAUGAAUCUAGAUUCAGGUUAUAUGAAAGCUAUUUUCAGAAAUGUAGAUAAUAUCCUAAUAGUCUCAUAUAUUUUCACAGUAUUUAGAAGGAAAAAAGAUGAUUUUAUGAUUCUAUGACUACAUUUGCGUUAUAUAAAUUCUUUCUAGCAGUUCACAUAUAUGUAUCACAUGUACUAUGAUGUACAUUAUUUUACAGAACAUCUUUUACACAUCCAGUAUUUAAACCUCACACUUAAAUUGGUUUGGCUUUGUUGCUGCAUGUCACACUCCAGUGACCAUCUAGUACAAAUAUUAGUGGAUAUCAUACACAGAUAUUACUAUGACAGACCACCACUGUCGUUAUAGAUGGAAGCUCUUAAUUAAAGACAGUCACACAAAAAGAAUGGACAUGCCUGCCUCACUGUGAAAUUAACAUCCUUCAUUCAUCAUUCAUAUAUACAUCUUUCUUAAACAGGUACUGUGCAGCCUCAGCAGCAUCUCUCUCUCUCUCUCUCUCUCUCUCUCUCUCUCUCUCUCUCUCUCUCUGUGUGUGUGUGUGUGUGUGUGUGUGUGUGUGUGUUGGGAAGGGGGUUGUGUGGUAUUUUGUAAAUGAGCACUUUGUCUCCAAAACGGGUGGUACUGUGACCCCCUAAUAUUACACACUUUCCAUCCAGAACAUUCCACUGUCAUUACUUUUACUUACUGCCACUAAGUUCAUAUACAUUUCACAUGAAGGAAUUUUCAAGGACCAUGAAUAUCACAGUGGAACAUAAUGUAAAGUAACUUUUUUACAUCCAAAUGCACUUAUAAUCUCUAGUAAAAAUAUAAAAAACUGUAUCUUGAAAAUUAGGUUCUGCACUUCUCAUCAUUUCUGUAAUGGUUACUCAGUUGUUAUUAUCUCAGCAACAUUUAUGAGGAGUUUGUUUUCUACAUUUUUAUUAAUAAUUCCAAAGCUGCAGUAUGAUGCUUUUGUUCUGACUUUUCUGCAUCCACCACUACUAAUGUACACAAAUACAUAGUCUAAUUCUGAACAACUGAAUAAUAAAACAUUCAAUUUAUUGCUUCCAUUAUUGUAUUCUGUUGUGUCAAAUGAAUCAUGUACGUUAAUCAUUUGACCCUUCUUAGUGUUCAGUAAUAAUAAUUCAGUCUAGCAAUCAUUACAAUCAAUAUCACAAAUAUAAUAUCAUAGUUGUGAGAGAAAUUUGGUACAUAAAGUAGCAGCCUCAAUGUUGCUUAUAUUUAACAUAUUCCACAAAUAGUACUACAUGUGAAAAUUUCCCAAAUUGUGACAGGAAACUAAAUCUAAAAAUUAUAAAUGCAAAACUUUGAUGUCUGUACAAUUUCACUUUAAUUUAGCCCAUUUCUAUAAGUUACUGGAGAGUGUGCAGUCUUAUGAAUCAGAAAAACAUACAUGUUUUCUUUACUUGUGAUACUGAACAAUUAGCCAGUUAGGUAACAGAACGUAAAACUUUUUCUACCCCAGGAUUGAGGUGGCCAUGGGCAAUUGACAUAGAUUUUCGUUUUCUAACUUUUCUACCCUGUUGUCAGCACUUCGAGAAAUUCUGGUGAAUGUAGCGGAUUGCUUAACUUUUUAACAACAUUUUGGAGGACUCAUUAAUUAAAUAUGUGUUUAAGUAACGCAAAGAACUCUUUUCCUAUAAGCUUGCAACUAUGCUAAAUAACCUGAGGUUGGUUGGCAUAACUCUAGGAGCAUAAUGUGAUAUGGAUAGGAAUAAUUAGAAAGAUACAGAAAUUUUUGAACAAUAUGUUUUAUUUUAUUGGAAUAUGUGGUAACUUCGUUUUCAAAGAAUACAGUCAACAAAAAAUAAAUUUCUCAUGAAGAAAUAAUACCUGAGCAAAAAUAAACUCUGCUUAAAUGUAUUUAUAACAGUAUAAACUGGCCAUCUCUAAUUUAUCUCCUUUUUGACCAUGUCUGGCAGUCGAAUCUCACUGCCAUCAAUUUCGGCGAUCUUCCCAUGGCACACAUGCUGCUUCACCAAGAAAAGUCAUUUACAAGGUAUUCAGGCGGUCAGGGGACCCUCGAAAUUGUGAAGGAUUCAUUAAUAGUGUUGCUUGAUAUGACUUAUAGCCAUGUCUUUGGAAUAUGGUAAAGUGAGAACCACCCUACUGCAGGAGGCUGAGAUGGAGAUGUUCUUCAGCCUUUGAACUAUUGUUAACGAAGGUCAAGGUAUCAUCACAAUUGGCUUAGCUAAUGCUUGACAUGCCAUCAUCAUAAACUGUAGAAGCACAUUCGUAUCAGUAUUUUCAGGGAAGUUUUUUCUUUUUGGACUUGUCAAUCUUAGCCAUGUCACCUUCCUUGACUGUGGAUGGCGUUUUCUUCUCAUUAGUCCUUCCAAACAAUGAUUUUAUAUUUUAUGCAACUGCCUCCUAGAAUAGCAGUACAACUUCUUUUUAGGCCAUGGUUGGAUUUCGGAAUAGGACAGAUUUCUUCUGGGAUGGUCAAUAUUGGUCCAUUUUUCACAGAAAUUGUCUUUUUUAAGGAACAAUAAUGGGGGGUUUGGUUGGCACAGGUGUGGGAUGAGUUUUCAUAGCUGUGCCACCUGACCUCAUACCUAUCUAUGUCAACUAGCCCCAUUAAGAUAUCAAAGACAAAAUGGUUACCACACUACCCCAAAUACCAGAAACAAAAGAUUUUGAAACAUGCAGGCAACCACUUUUUUCAAAACUGCUAUCAGUAGCACCUCAAUUUGAUCUACAAGUUCACCAAAAAUUAUGUAUAAAAAAUCUACUCACCAAUCACAAAAAUAAUGAAACAGGGAUCAUGACACUUCCAAGCAGACUGAAGAUAACGUGAAUAGUGCGUCUAUACAUUCACUUCCCACUAGGAUGAUUCUAGAUUCUAGAUUCUAGCUCUACUGUGGCAGGAAAUGGUAUCUGUGUGCCAAUUAGCUCAUUAUGCCAACUAACCCCAGUUUUCCCUAAUAUUUUUAAUGCUACUUUCGUUAUUUCAAUUACUGUCAUUGUGCUUUGUUAUAAAAUUAUGUAGAUUGUAUUUAACUGACACAUUUACUCCUGUAUGUCCUUUGUGAUAUUCACUAACAUAACAGAAAUAUUCACAUGUGAUGUCAUUAAAAAUACUAUACCAUUCAAGACUGAUAUCUGUAAUGUCUGUGGAAGUCAGUAAGCGCGAAGGCUCAUUUCUUUGUCUGAAUAGCAUUAUUUAAUAUUUCAGUUGUAAAAAUAAUUGGAGAUCUUCAUGCCUUCUCAGGCAUGAGACUUUUAUGCAACAGUCUUAGCAAACUUCAGUGGAAAUCUCUACAUUUCAUGUUUGCCUCUGUCAAUUUAGAAAGAGUUUCCUGCUGCAUAUCACAUGUAUUUACUUCUGCUCUUUGUUUCCAAAAUUGUUUUUCCAUAUAAGCUUUCCAUGAUUUUACUUAACUGCACUUCACCUUAUUGAGUAGUUAUUUAAAAUUUUCAUUAUGCUGCAUACAUUAAUAACACCAUCAGUUUAAUUAAUCAUCAGCAGUUUAUUAGGCAUCCAUAGCCUGUGAGCUACAUCUAGUAUGUGCAGACUAUUCAUCUGCAGUGUAGUCCACUAUAGUUGAGGAGAAAUCUGAAACCUAAGUUUAGAAAUCUAAAACCACAUAUACUGAGUAAAACUAUUGUGUACAGUCUCAUAAUCAGUGCACCAUGUUAACAGAAAAACAGAUAAAUAUGUAAUGUAGAAUUCUAGAAUCAUACAAAUGUAAAUUUACAUUCCUGGUUGAUUGGUUUAACUGACAGCAGGGAGAGUUAUCCCAAAACAUGUAACUUAAACUUGAAACAGGAAAACAAGUAAAUCUUCUAUGUAAGCAUUUUCUGGGAGACAAAAACAAAAGAAGAAAUCUACAGCAUAGUGACAUGGCUUUCAUUUUUUUCUCUUUUUCAUUGUUUGGCACGUUAUUUACGUUUUCAGGGGGUUAUCAUCACUUCUGUGUUUAGAGAUUCAUGCUUUAAUGCAUAGCUGUGUUUUCUGACAUUUAAUGACAACAAAUAAGUACAUAAUACAAUGACCCACUCCGUUUCUCCAUCAAAUACACAUCCUCUUCCACAGAUGAUUAAAUGUUUGCUGGCAGUGCCCUGUAAACAAAAAUUAAUAACAAUUUGAAGUGCUGGGAUAUUUGUUGGCAAUAAUUUUACAGAAAAAUUAAAUUUAAUGCAUGAAUCAGUUAACAAAUGAUACCAUAGCUACUGUGGUGAUAUCUGUGGGUAUUUGUUUGUUUCUUCAUAUUAGAUUUUCUUGAUAAUUAAAGAAGAUUAAAUCAAAUAAUUAUUUUUUUGCACAAAAUCAUUUUCUUUGAAUCUUUGAGAUACACCAUAGGUGAAGCCCGGGACUCUGGCACUUUCAUGUGUAAUGUCAGGCGUAAGUUGUUACUUACUACAGGUUACAGAGGAUGUGAGAAAGAGUCUGGAGUAAAUACUAAGAUGUUACAAUGGGUUACAAAGAGUCAUGUUUCACAAAAAUCUCUGUUAAGUAAGAUACCUCCCAAUAUUCCUCAUAAGGCUUGUCAAAACUUCCCAUGAAGUUCUUUCAGCUUUCAUAAAUUCAAAUUUAGUAUGAAUACCAGUAUUCAAGACCUAUCAACAGAAUGUAAAUAUUAAGCAAUAGAGUCAUUUCAUCACUGUACAUAAAUCUUGUUACUAAAGAAAACCAAGUGGAUUCAAUUCUUACAGUUUCAUUUGUAAACUCCAAGAUAUUGUAGACUGUGUCAUUAUGUCAUGAGAAGUUCUGUUCUCCAGUAACAGAAUUCCAAAAUAAUAGAAAAAUAUGAUGUAAUAUGACAUAAAAUCUUUGGUCGCUGAGACUGGUACAGAGGCUGCAACUUAAAAUUUCUAGAUAGCCUUGAACACUCCUUAGAACUUGGCUGCAAUCAGAGUUUCCGCAUUUUAUAUUGUUGGCUUACCAUAACUUGUUAUUCAAAUUUGAUGGAACAUCUGUCACUGUAAAAAAAAUGUAGAAGAUUAUAGCUUUUCACACCAUGCCUUAGUUCUCAUUCACCUAAAGCGAUCCACAUUACUUCUUCAAGUUUAGUAUAAGAAAAAUCACUCUUUUUCAUAUUCACUGCUGUGUGAUAUUAUCUGGAGCCUAAGAAACUAACGCACAUCAGUUUAAUUUGACAGUUGUUUGUAAUAAUCUAUGCCAUAUAACACAAAACAAAACAUCAAAUAUGCAUUAAGCAACCUUUUCCCAAAUAACUGGAUGCCCUCAACAGUAAAAGAUCAAAGCUGUUCCCAGAUUUUUUUGCUAAAGUUGCAGUACAAGCUACAAGGCACAUAAUGAAAUAUAUAUGUGAACUGGAAACCCUAUGGAGAAACAAAUCUUCUCAUGACAACUGUACUGCUGUUCUAUUGAUUCUGGUGUCUUUGUAUAUGAAGAUUUUGUUAAACCUUUCGCCCUAUAUAUGACUAUAGAAGAUACUAUUAUUUUUGUCAUUUAAUAGUUUCAGAAGUAUCUUCUUUUUUUUCUCUCUCAUUUCAAAGAAUUCUUUAGAAGAGGCAUUACAAAUUUGGUAAUUGGCAAUAAAGUAAUUGUCUGUGAUCUUCAUGUAAACUUACUCCCUUGAAAAUUUGUUGUAGGUAAUAUAGUGCUAAAAGACAUUGUCUGUCACUUUUCUAUUUUCUUCACAUUUAGGGUUUAACAUUGUUUCUCCAGUUUGAUUUACCAAUGGAUUCAUCCUAGUUUCUUUGCAACUGUGUUUGAUUAGCUGUUAUCAAUUACCAGAACUGUAUAACAUAUGCACAAAGAAAAAUAAUUUCUUAAUGUUAUCAAUUCACUAUGUUUUAUUUUGACUGUGAUAUAGAAACCUUCUCAUUGUGAAAUCACUGGUAACAAUUAUUACAGGAGCACUAUGCAAAAAUAUAAAUACUUGUUAUUUAGCUACCUAUGGAGCCAAAGCUGACACAUUCAGUAGACAUUUAGGUUUGUUGUACGGAAAGUCAAUAAAUACACCUAUGUGUUCAA